CACCGCCUCAAUGGCUGCUGCUUCUGCAUCUUCUACCCAUCGUAGUCUUUAUUCCUUUUAUCCUUAUUCUAUAGGAAACACCGCCAUACGGUCUCGUCAUCGACAUUAUUUUUCUUCACCUCGUGAUCGAAAACGAAAAGUGGGAGAUUCCUAUAUAGAAAAUGGAGUUUCAUACAUACAGAUCUACAAGAAGAUGAAGAGCUGUGAUGACGAGGUAUCUGCUAAUGAUUAUCGUCACCAGGAUGAUCCAGAUCCUACUGUUGAAGAAGAACGACCACCAUAUAUUAUUGGUGUUCAAGGACCUCCUAGGGUCGGUAAAUCUCUUUUGAUUAAGAGUUUGGUCAGUUUCUAUACCAGGGGAAAUCAUUGCGACAUGGCAGGGCCUAUCAGAAUUUUAGCAGGCGAAAAAAGACGGAUACAGUUUGUGGAGUGUCCAAAUAACGUCAAUGGCAUGAUUGAUGCGACAAAGUAUGCCGAUGCUGUCAUAUUUGUUGUAGAUGCAGGUUAUGGGUUUGAAAUGGAAACAUUCGAGUUCCUUGAACUCUUAAAAGUUCAUGGGAUGCCCAAGGUUAUGGGGGUGCUUACAUAUCUUGAUACCUUUAGAAACAAAACCAUGCUCGCAAACACUCAGCGAAUCCUGGUAGACCAAUUCCAGACUGAGAUAUGCAAAGGAGCACAAAUAUUUUGCUUAUCUGGUCUUGAUAAUGAUGAGAUGUAUUUCAAUCAUGAGAUUGCCAAGCUGGCAGCAUAUAUAUCCACCAUGGAAUUCCGUUCUUUGUCAUGGAGGGAUGCACGACCUUAUCUGUUGGUGGAUUACUUUGAAGAUGUCACUCAAGAGACGGUCCAAUUGGAUGAUGAAAAUUGCUCAAGAAAAAUCAUCCUAAAAGGUUACCUUCGAGGUUGUUACAUCGAGAAAACAACUAAGGUGCAUAUUGCUGGAGUUGGCGAUUUUCCUUUAGCUUGCGUUACUAAAUUAGCCGAUCCGUUCCCUUUACCUUCUGAUGGGGAUAUUAAUGAGUUAACUUGUAUGGAGAUUGGGUGUUUCAGAGCAGGAACUUAUGUAAGUUUUGAGUUGCAUAACGUCCCAUUUGAGACAGUCAAACAUUAUGAUCCUUGUCGGCCUGUUCUUGUUGGAGGUAUCAGUCUUGAAGAAGAAAAUCUUGGAUAUAUUCAGGUGAAACUUAAACGACAUAGUUGGCAUACAAAGUUAUUGAAGACCAAGGACCCUAUAAUUGUUUCAGUUGGUUGGAGGAGGUACCAGAAAAGACCUAUUUAUGCCUUCAAAGGCCGCCAUGGAAGCUAUCAGGCGCUUAAUCACACUCCGGAAAACAAGCCCUGUCUUGCGAUGUUCUGGGCCCCCCUUGCACCUCUUGGUACUGGGCUUGCUGUGGUGCAAAGUCUGGCAGACAAAAAGGCAGCAGUUCGGUUUUUAGGAAAAGCUUAUGUAGUUGAUAUUAAUCAGGGGUCAGUGAAGAUAGUUAAGAAAAGCAGGAGGACUUCUCUUUUAAAGGAUAUGUGUACAAAAAUUCAUACUACUACUGGAAUUUGUGGGAAAAUUGAUGAGAAGGAAAUUGAGAAGGAAAUUGAGGAACCACGGCCGUUGCCGAAGGAAGAUCGGGCACUACUACUAGCAGAGUUUUUAAGGAGAUUCAAAGAAAGAGAAGAGCUGAAGGCAAAUGGCACUGCAGAGUGUCAAGUCUAUUAAUAAUAUAUCCCUGCAGCCUUGUCUAUUAGAUUAAAUUAGUUACUUUGUCUGUCAAGAGGUAAUGUACUGGCAUCGGAUCUUAUGUUACACAAGAAAUGUUGAUUGUAUAGAAUUUAGUCAAAUUCCCGUCGUCAUUGGUUGGAGUAUUACAACCCCGUGUAUGAAUCCUUGAUUAGGUUGGAUUUCUUCUACCAUUUAGUGUUUUUUUGAGAAUUCCAAGGCUGAGUAAAUACCUUGUUGGCGGGUCAGCUUGUCCCCAACAAAGAACACAAGUAGCAGACAACCGCUGGUGGCUGGGUUGGGACAUCGGCUCGUUGGACCCAAGCCGGGGCGGCUGUUCCGGAUUGGACACCAUCGGUAGGGCGGGAUGUACAAGGUAAGGAUGCUUUGGGAAGUGGAUUCAAUCUAAUAAGCGGAGGAUCGAGACGGAAAACCGAACUAAGCAAUCGGCAUCGAGAUGGGUCGAGCGAAGAGUGCUCCUCUUGGCAACAAGGGCGUUGAGGCGGUCGGGCCACGCCGGCGGGAUAUGAUGUCCGCAGCACUCACGGUCUUAUCAGGGCGGAUUAGCUCCACGCCCGAAUACACCUAAGCCAAAUGAGCAUUACGGGAACAAAAGGUCUCUUAUUACUGGAGUGGAAGGAUUGAAGGGUACAAUAGUGAUUGAAAACCGUGGUUAAAAGCGUAAGAAAUUGAAAUCCCCGGUCAGAGUCGGCUAUGCUGUUAGGGAGACUGCAAUGGCCUCUGAAAGAACUUCCCAAUUAGUACUUCUGUAGCCGACAAACCCUUGAUGGCUGGGAGUUAGCUGAAUAAGUUGGGGCUGGGCCGGUGGAUAAGUCAAUGUACAUUUUCUUUUUAAUGACCUGUAG